AUGGCGGCCCCCGGGCGAGGGCUUGGAAGCUGGUGCUCAGCGCCCCCUACCAAAAGCGCCCCACCCUGCAGGCUCCAUCCACCCAGGUGGGACUCAUUGCACCUCCUGCUAGCAGAACCCCCACCCUGCAGUCCCGCCCCUCCCAGGUGGGGCUCAUCGGAUGGGCACAGCGGGGGCCGGGUGAGGCGAAUAUUAGGCACCGCAGGGCUGUGGCCGGGCGCCAUGGAGGCCCAGCCAUCCCCAGACUUCAUGCUGCUGCAAGAGCUGCUGGCGCCACCCCGUCUGGAGCCGGAACUGCCCCCACCAGCCCUCUCCAAGCAGGAGCCAAUGAUCCCCGGAUGCGGAUGCAGGUCCACCUUGCCUGUGCACCAGGCCUCGGUCGCUGCGCUGCGCUUCCUCCAGGCAGGAGGGGCCUUCUGGGAGCCAAUGACUCUGGGGGUCCUGGCCAGGAACACCAAGAACAUGCUGACCCCAAUCAGCCCGCAGUGCCGCACCCUGGGGUCGCCCAGGACUUCCCCAGCCCCCUCGGCCCUGUCCCAGAGGAGGCCCAGGAAGCAGCCGAACCCCCUCCGGGGCACUGAGAAGGUGGAUCCUGGGUUUGAGGGGGUGACCCUGAAGUUUCAGAUAAAGCCGGAUUCCAGCCUACAGAUUAUACACACCUACAGCCUGGCCUGCAGCAGCCGUGCUCAGGGACUCCCUGCAGGCCCUGCCAGGGGCCCUGAGACCAACCGGGGAGGCAGCGAGGCUCUGGGGCCCCGGCGCUGUGCUUCCUGUAGGACCCAGAGGACCCCACUCUGGAGAGAUGCUGAGGAUGGGACACCGCUCUGCAAUGCCUGUGGUAUCAGGUACAAGAAAUAUGGCACCCGGUGCUCUAUCUGCUGGCUGGUGCCCAGGAAAAGUGUCCAACCUAAGAGGCUAUGUGGCAGAUGCGGGGUGUCUCUGAGCUCCCAACAAAGUCCAACUCAGGAAGGGUGGAAGACUCUGGUCUCAGGCUCCAGAGCCCCUCAGGGAGAAGAAAGAGCUGGGGCUCCUGUCCUAGGGGGCCAUGGGCUCCCUCCUCAGCCCCUGCUCCAAUCAUCCUGGGCUGUGCCCCCCGUCAGGAAAUGCUCUCAGCAGCGAUAAUCAUGUUAACAAUAGUACCAAUAAAGAGCUACUCAGAGAGAGAGAGCAGUUUGAUUUGGGGACCCCACCUGUGCACCCCUUACCGUCCUCUCCUCCAGCCCAGAAAUAUGGCAGCAGGUGUUUUCUCAUCGGGAUUCUGAGGGGCACACACAGUCACACACAGACACAGUCAUCCAUACAGGCAAGAUUCACCACAAAGUCCCUUACAGGGAAACAGCCACCAAACACAGAGACAGAGUAGACAUGUAGAAAGUCAGACACACACAAGACAGACACACAACAUGAGAGACACACACACAGGACAGACACGUGCACUGACAGACCCACGUGAGACAGACUUGUGAAACUGAUACAAGGCAACGCGUACACAUGAGAUAGACACGUGCUGACAGACACACACAUUGGCAGACAUGGUGAAUGAAACAGACACACCUAUAGAUGACAAACAUGACACACAGAUACACCAGCCAACCAUUCCCCUGUCACCCCUCCCCCAACACACACACACACCCAGCAGACCUUCCUGGACAGACCACCUUUAUACACACCAUCCCCUGCCUCAAGCCAGGGUUUAGAGAGACUUGAAAGGGAGGUAGAAACAUCCAUGGAUUCCUGACUCACUCAGCCCCUCCCAUCCUUAGUCCUGAACACCUUCGCCGCAGAUCUCCCCAUAGCUACCACCUUCUCAUCACUUGUGGGGGCUCAGCCCCACUGUCACCUCCUCAGAGAAGCCUCCCUUGAUCACUCAGUCUAUACCCCCCACUCUCAUCUUGUUUCGGUCUCUAUUUCAGCCCCUUUCUGGGCUCCCUCUUAGGGAAUUGAAAUCCUGGUAGGCUCUAUAUGGUCCAGGGUUAUUUCAUUCACAUUCGUCUCCCCACUGGACCGUGACUUCCAUGAGGUCAAAGGCCACCUUAUCUUUGUCCUUGAUCACCAUGCUCAUUGCCGCUGAGUCAGUUCCAACUCAUAGCAACCCUAUGGGACAGAACUGCCUCAUAGGGUUUCCAAGGCUGUAAUCUUCAUGGAAGCAGA